AUGUUAAUCCUUCAGCCUAGCACGCGUUCCCGGUCUCUCCUAUUGAAGUCCGUCGCGGGGACUUUGACUGUGGAUGCUGAUGGCGUUCUCAUCGUACAGAAGGGCGCGAACAAUCUCAAUCGCGACGAGACGUACCACCCGCAGACGCGCGAGGAGUUCGACUUGCCGCCGGAAGAGAAGGGGAUCGACUACCACGAGACGGUCGGGCAGACACCGCUGUGCACACUUCGGGGGCGGUCCUCCGGCAGACCUUGGGAUCUCAACCUUUACUUUACACGUAACCGCAAGGGGAUCCCGAAGUAUCCUCCCAGAUGA